UUCCACUUUACUUCCCCUAAAUUGGUUAUUGCAACGAGGGAGAUUAGCUUUAUACUUCCUCAAAUAAUACGAAUUAUCUUGCACGUCUGCCAUCGCCCCCUUGCUGAAGGUCGCCAUUGCGCAACACCUUCCUCUGCAUAACGCCCAAGUCCCCAACAGUACACCCACUUCCGACACCAUUAUGGCCUCCAUGGACAUUGAUAUGGACAUUGAUCUCGGGCCCCUCCCAGACGAUGAUCACAUUGAGAUUGAACAAACAGCUGCAACACCUACCACCGACGAAGCCGCCGAUGCCCUUUCUUCGGACGCACAAUACGAAAAGGUCCACAUACGCGGUGUUGACGAACUGACGACUGAUGAUAUCAAGCGAUUUGCCCACGAAAACUUCGCCCUCGAGGAUCCAAGCCGUGUCGAGUGGAUCGAUGACACAUCCGCAAAUCUGCUGUACUCAUCGCCAGAGGUCGGCCUCCAGGCACUGGCAGCACUCACACAACCAAAUGAAGAGGAGGAUGUGACUCAAUACCCCGCGUUGCGUCUACGGUCGGCUAAGCUCCUCUCUUCGCACCCUGAUUCCGUGCUCCAGGUCAGAGCAGCUGUUAAGACGGAUCGUAAAAAGCCACGUGCGCACGAAGCCAGUCGAUUCUAUCUCAUGCACCCUGAGCAUGACCCUCGAGAGCGCCUACGACGCGAGCUUGCGGAGAGACGUCAACACGGCAGUGGGGACAGCAGCGAUGGCGACUACAGGCGGCGGAGAUUUGAUGGUCGGGAACUGCGGCGACGUAGGGACCGCGACGCCGACGAUAGUUUCAGCGCUAAUAUGUAUGAUGACGCGGGCGUUGACAGCGCCGAUCGCUCUGAACCAUCUCGGGGACGUGGCAGACGAGAACCUAGGGAUCUGUUCCCAGAGGACGAAGGAGGCCCUUCGGGACGUCUGCGCAACCGCAGUGCUUCACCGGGCCGCGAUACAUUGAUGGAAGAUGGAUACGUGGAGACGGAUCGCUCUAGCUCUCGUCGGAAGUUCCGUGAGCGCUCGCCGCCGCCCAGCCGUCGCAACGAGGGCCGGGAGCUCUUUCCCUCUUCAAAGGCCGGAAAUAGCGACUCGCACGCGCGAGAGCUUUUCCCACACAAGACAGUUAAAGAGCUAUUUCCAAGCAAGCAUAGCAACCAUCGCCGGUCCGAUGCGAUAGAUGCUGCAGACGAGACGGCAGAUCUGUUCGCUCGAAGGGUCUCCGUGCCCUUAGUCGAUGGAGCGCAGGACUUGCAGCCUCGGCGGAGAAACAAGGACAUUGAGCUCUUCCCUGAGAGCUCCGAUUCGAGCGGGCUCAACAUUCGCGGGGCUGCUGGCCAGGGGCGGGACCAGGGGAUGUCUAUUCGCGGUGUAGCAGGAGGCAUGUCAAUUAAGGGACGGGGAGCAUCUGUCCGGGAGCUUUUCCCGUCCAAGUUUAAUACCAACGCCGGCAAGGAGCUGUUUUCGGACAAGAUUGAAGGGCGAGGGGGUCCUCGCCGGAGGGCGGAGGAUAUGUUCAGCUGAGGCAUUCUGCAUUUCGCACUAGAAAAUACCCCUGCAAGGAAAGGAUGCCUUUUUGCAUCUCCGUUUUGUAGUAUCAUUACAUUCUAGUCUUAUCAAGUUAUCCUUCCAUGGCGAGUCUCAAUUCGCAAACAAUGAC